GCGGAAUGCAACAGCUUCGCGAACGAGGACGGGUUUCCUUUUUACGGCAUCCCCAGGAUCUCUAUAAGUACCAGAGGACCGAGACGAUCCGCAUCCAGAAAUAUAGGAGCAUCUUGAAGCGUGUGCCGCAGAAAAUUCACUCGUCAUGUAUAAGUUCUUUGUGCUUGCAGUCGCGAUUGCCGCGGUCUAUGCCGCCCCGGCACCUCAGGAUGUUAAACCGAAACCUGCCAUCGAAUCUAAGCUAAGCCCGACGCCGGCAACAUCGCUAUCACCGACACCCUCGUUACUGCCGGCACCUUCGCUAUCACCGGCACCUUCGCUAUCACCGGCGCCUUCGUUAUCACCGGCGCCUUCGCUACCACCGGCACUUUCGCUAUCACCGGUGCCUUCGCUACCACCGGCACCUUCGCUAUUACCGGCAUCUCCGUUAUCACCAGCAUCUUCGCUAUCACCAGCAUCUCCGCUAUCACCAGCAUCUCCGCUAUCACCAGCAUCUCCGUUAUCACCAGCAUCUUCGCUAUCACCAGCAUCUUCCAUAUCACCGGCUUCGGUUCUACCCCCGUCACGAUCACCUGCAUCCGCGAGAGCUCUGUCCACGAUAACCGAGCUAAAAACACCAGCGUCAACUACAAAAUUGACGCAAGUAAUCGCACCCCUGGCGUUUCCACCCAUUCUUUCACCUCUUCAGGUUUCUCCGUACGCUUACGCUUUGCCGGCUGUGCCUUCUAUCGAACUGGCAGCAGCACCUUCCACUUACUCGAUCGAGCAGCACGGUUAUCGCAUUACCUACUGACUUCGUGAAUGGUAACCAGCUGGAUCGAUGAACCUGGCGUACCAGCUGCACGGUGACGCUUCUUGUAUCGUUUACGGAUAAAUUCGUUCCGACUUAUGUAGCAACCGAUUUCAAAUACACUUUUCUUGGGAUCAAAGCUCUUUGACGUAUUUGUACCCUCCUCUACUGCUUCCUCCGACGUGGAUCGAAAUCGAAAGUGAGCAUAGAUCCUGCUUUCUCUGUGCCACCGAUUGACGCAAGGAAUAACAAUUUCAUUUAAUCUUAACACGUAAUCCAAGUUGCAGGUCUCGGCUCGUUUGCAUUGUACGAAAAAAUAAAAAAUAUCAUCUUAUAACUAACCGUUUUGUU